AUGUUUGAAAGUUUAAUGGACACAGUGAUACCUAAUGUCAAAUCAUCUAAUCAUACUCAAACUAAACCAUUUGGUGAAAAGUAUUGUCAGAAACAGACAGUGACUAUUCCUAAUAGUUGUGCGAAAACGAAAACAUCGCCAAGUAAAAGUGAAUAUCUACCACCAAACGUAGUGAUAUCGUCCCCCGCAGUGACGCAAGUCGUAUCUGUUUCAUCACCUACUAUGCCGAAUCAGCAAGAAAAUCAACUGAGUCCUGCCCCUUGCCGGACCGUUAGUGAAAGCUCGGAAAGCAGUUGGGCUAGUGUGAGUCCGGAAGCGAAUCAAGAUGUGCUCUUAUCUAAUCCAUGGCUGAGAAACAUUGUGGUUUGUGUUGGGGACAGCGACGACUCUGAUGAAUCUGACUCAGAUUGGGACUGCGUCGAGGAUUUCCAAAGCGAAAACGGCGAAGUUAUUAGUGACUUUAAAUGGAACGGUGAUUCACUUUCUCCAAUUUCGUCACCCGUUAGUCAGACGCCCCCAGUGCCUGCUGCUGCUUUGGACGACUACGACAGCGACGAGAGUGAUGGUGUGUUGAUCUCUUGCGGAAGCGGGUACGUUUUUGACGAUGAGGAGGAAGCCAGAGAACGCAAACUGUCUGAGGAGCGUAUCCAGGAUGCUAAUCGCAGAUGGGAUCGAAAUUUGUCGACAGCUGUUGACGAAACGGACGGAAUUCGGAAAACCAGUCGAUCCAAGCAGGUACAUUUCCCUGUCGAUAGCAAACUUACUCGCAUCCGUCCAAUGCUCACCUGGACCCACGCUCAUCGAGCUGCCCGUAAAGGGGAUUGGGAGAGGUUUGCUCGUGAUGCAGACCGAUUCCGGGAAAGAAUUGACUCUACUGCUGCCAUUCUAGCCCCUAUUCUCGAUCCAUCGCAUCGCGAUCGUGUUCGCCGGAGAAACCUAAAAUACGAUGCCGAUCAUACAGACGCGAGCCAUUUGAAAUGA